AUGUUUCUCUACGAUGCAAUUUUUAACGGCAAGACUACCGAGCCUUUCUGGUUUAAAAAUAUCCGUAUUUGUAUUGCAACUGGGCUGACAGUUUCAAUUUUAUUUUACGCGGGCAUGCUGAUCAAUGAUCUAUUAUUAUAUAGUGGAGAAACCAGUAUUAAAGUAUCUAAAACUCCCUCUAACAAUGAAUCCAUCACAGCAAUAGAAACCUACCUCUGCACAUCUAACAAGCAAUUGAAGAUUGACUGUAAUGAUGGUGGUCCGAAACCUAGAUGUAAAAAUAUCAGUAAAAUAGUACCUCAAGGUUGUAAAGCGUAUGACCUUACUUUUGAUUCUCGUAUACCGGAAGAUAUCCCAAUUUUUGAUAUUAAUUUAAAUCCCACAUCAUCUUCAACCAACAUUUCUCUUGAAAGUUACUUUUGUUUGUUAUCCUUAACAACGAAAUUUAGUCCAAACAACCCUAUUCACUACAUUUUAGAUCAACAGUUAUAUGUCAUCUUUGGCAAUGCGACGAUUUUUUAUUCUCGUUUUUCGUCUGAGAAUAAGUUAGGCAUUGCUUGCAAUAAUAAAGCUAGUUCUGACUCGAUUUUUAUCUUUGAACUCAAAGAUAGUUCUAUUAUUGAUAUUAUUCCAACGAUUAAAAGAAACUAUCAAUCAAGUUAUUGGGGCUACACUUGGGGUCUAAGAUCAUAUGAUGACACUUGUUAUUUAAAACACGUCAUUAAAAGCCUUCCAAAAUCCAACAACGAAGGAAAUAUCCAAUUUGGCGUAAGAGUAUCUAAUUAUUUUACUUACGAGACAGAAAGUUAUGAACGUACACUUGGAGGUGCAAUAGCCAACCUUGGUGGUUUCUAUGUUGCUUUGAAUUCAAUUUAUGUUUUAUUAUUUGGAAUGCCAAAAUUAUCUCCAUGGGGUAUUGUUCAAAAAUAUGUGCUAAGAUGCAGAAUUUGCAGACGCAGCUUAAAAACAAAACUAGCAAAACGAUAUGUCUCAUCUUCAGGAAUCAUCUUAUCACAAAAAGUAUUGAACCGGCAUAACGGUGCGACAUUGGAGGAUCGUGUCCAAAUGUUGGAAACAAUGUUGCAAGAUUACUACCUUGACAAUUAUCAAUGGGAGGCAAGUUUUUCAAUGAUGAUAUAG